AUGGGCCGAGAAGAACAGAAAGAGGAACGCGAGGUGUUGGACUCCAUCUUCCCGGACGAGAUACAGGACAUCAACGACGCCGAGUACCGCGUAACCAUCAGCCUCGACCCCCCACCAGACGACGAUGAAGACUCCGAGACUCCCGUCGUCAUCCUCAACGUCCGCUACCCGGAAGCAUAUCCCGAUGAAGCACCAUAUCUCGACGUCUCCCAGCUUCCCAAUGCGCCCAAACACAAACACCUCGACAUACAGCAGGACAAGGCGCGACUGCUCGGAGCGCUGGAGCCCACCAUCGAAGAGAGCAUGGGCAUGGCCAUGGUCUUCACUCUCGUCAGUACGCUCAAGGAUGCUGCCGAGCUUCUGAUAAGUGAACGGGCACAGGCGGUACAGGCACAGAAGGAUUUCGAGGCUGCCAAGGCAGAGGAGGAAGAGAACAGGAAGUUCGAGGGGGAGAAGGUCACGAGGGAGACAUUUCUGGCAUGGAGGGAGAAUUUCCGACAGGAGAUGAAGGAGGCGGCAGAGAGGAGGCUGGCUGAGCAGGAAGCAGAAGACAAGAAGAAGCGUGGCGGUAAGACCGAGGAGAAAAAGCUCACCGGUAGGCAGCUUUGGGAGCAGGGCCUGGCUGGGAACACGAUUGAGGAUGAUGAGGAGGGCGAGGAUGCUGUGGAGAGUCUGAAGCAGCUCAAGGUGGAGGGAUGA